CGCGCUUCGUCUCCCCAUUUCCGGGGCGACUGGGGCGGGGGUCGCAGAGUCGCGCGGCGGGAGCGUCUCCUCGACGGCGCGGAGUGGCGGCCUCCGCCGCGGGGUGGACAUGGAGGCGCUGCAGAGGCGCCGUUCCGCGCUGUUUGCGGCAAGCGGGCGCGCGGGCAGCGCCACCAGUGACGCGGCGUCUGUCGCUGCCCUGGGCGGCGGGUUGGAGCGCCAGCCGAGCCGCCAGGGCGGGGGUACGGCGGUGGAAGCCGUGGCGCGGAACUCUGCACCAGCGACGCCGAGCCACCAAGAGGAAUCCCUCAAUCGGCGGCGUUUGCCGAGUGGAGGGGUGAGGAGGGGGCGACAGAAGCAGGAAGGGGCGCCAUUUCCACGCGGCGUGGAUGAUGCGGAGCCUCUCGACGUGACAGCGAACCUCAGCCCCCUCCUGCGAGUUGUCUUGGAUCUUACCAACAUGGUGCCAACAGGCCGUUUGCGUGAGACUUAUGGCGUAGACGAUAUUUGGGAUGUUGUGGCCUCGUCUGGUGAGGCGAUAUCGAAGGCGUUUCCGUCUGAUCAAACGCUGUCUUUCUCACCAGGGAUUACUUCAGCGGGUUCUUUUCGCUCGGUGACAGUUUUGUGUCUUCGCCAAAACUGCCUGGAGUCACUAAAAAUACUGCCACCGUCGCUUCUGCGUCUUGAUGUGAGUGAUAACACGUUGCAAGAUCUGACGGGCAUAGGGCAGUGCAGAAUGCUUACUCUGCUCAAUGCACGGAAAAACCGGCUUCAUUCCAUGCUUGGGUUAGAGCGAAACCUUGCGUUAUCUCACAUUUUCCUCGGCCACAACGAUAUUACCUUUGUCGAAGGUAUAGCGCAUCUGCUUCUCCUAGAGACACUUGAUUUGGCGCAUAAUAGACUUACAACACAGGCCUCCAUUCGACCUCUGUCACUUACAAGAGGACUGCGGCACUUGAUGCUGCAUGGUAACCCUGUGGCGGAGCGUAUAAAGCGUAGUUACCGUCCUUUGCUGCGUAAUCUUUGUCCAUCGUUGCUUUCAAUUGAUGGUGACCGUCUUACUUUCUCACGAUUGGCAGCAAAGGCAGAACAUGAGGGCAGUCGCCUUCGUUUACCCUAUGCUCCUGGGGGUAGUAUUAGUGGUGUAAACAUUUCCACGUCGUCCGCAGAUGACGGCGAAGUGGCAGAAGUAUCACAGUGUGCCAGUUAUAUGCAUUUACUAACGCGCGGUGCUGCGGUUGGGGCAGGUUCUGGCUAUGUUGACGCUGAACGAGCUGCGCGCACGGCAAAGGUGUUGAAGGCUCAAGCUGCAGCUCGAGAUAAAAAAAGGAAACAACAGCGAGGCCUCCCAAACCGAGCGGGUGGGGAACCUCUUCCACAGGAGCUCUUAAAACAUCUUGCACAGGAAUCGAGAAAAUACCUGGAAUCCUUGCUCGAGGAGCGGCUGUCCAGCAUGCAGGUGUCGCAAGUCGUGGACACCGCACCUGCCGUCGUGGAACGCGGGGAUGGCAAUGAUGCGUUGGAGAGUUUACCAAAUGAUACACCUGCGCAAUGCAAGGGUGUCGAGAGGGAGGACAGUGAAACUUGUGUCAGUGGUGGCAGUAAUCACCAGGCUCAAGGGUGGACCCAAAACAUCAUCCCUGUGAACAUCUCCAGUGAAGAAAGGGAUGAGGGAAAUCGGGCGUUUCCGGUUGGUAACCAAGCGCGAGCAGUGCACCGCGAUGCGACGCUGGACCAUGAAGAGUGGCUGCAUCUCCGUAAUCGUCGAAAUACCCGUCAUGCACCAUUUGGAGAUACACCUCAACGUAAUUCGCCGAGGCCCAACACUCCAGACACGCCUGAGACGAGGUGCAUGGAGGACGUGGUAUUUGUCUCACCUAUUCGCAAGGAUGAAGAAACAUCUCACGCUGCUUCGAUGAACGCCACGGAAAUCUUACGCGAUGUUAACAUGCUGGAUCCUCGUUUCUUUGCCGAUGGCAAAGUCGCCACUGAGCCAAAGGCGAAACCCCGUCUUGUGGCAAGCCAUUUGCGGCGACCGAUGCUGUUGUCUCCAUCUACGGAUUCCUCACCAGUUAAGGCGCACAGGAUUUACUCAGCUUCAAAGUCUCGGAGAGGCGCUAAGUCCUUUAUUGCGGCUUCUGCACCUCGGUCGCAUGGCACCAAAGCGGCUGAUGUGCCAAUUCUUCUCUCCCCUCCACCGCCCUUGACAUCUCCGUGUGCUCUGCAUUCCAAGGUAAGGGAUAGUUUUGUGAAGAAAUGGGUCAUUCAACUCUACCAAGACGCAGAGGCUAUUCAGGACGCAUUACAAACUCUAGUUUCCCUUUUAGACUCACAGGGGUGGGGCAAUCCUGCAAUUGUUGAUAGGUUUUCUUUUAUUCCUGCUGAGUUAUUAGUAGAGCGAAAGCGAUGUGUUGAAAUUAUUACCGAAAGCGGAAUGCUCUUGGACAUAGAGAUCCCCCUGGACGUGGUGCAGCAAUACCACCUCACCCCUGACGAGUUGAGGCAUACCAGUGAUGAGGAAUACAGUGAGGAAGAUGAUUCUGUAGUGGAUCCACGUUUUAAAGCUUGCAACAAGCGUCGAGAAAAACGUGAAAUUUUGCGCUGCAUUCGCCUGAUUGGCGAUGGAAAGACAUGUCUUCGGUACCUGGUUCUACUCAUCGAGGAGGGGAGGGAGGAGGAGCUACAGCGCUAUGUGAACGAGCUGCGAGUACUCAUACCAUGUGAAUAA